AUGAAUCCCAUGCCCUCUGAGAUCUCCGAGAUCGCCGGCACCUUCUGUGGCCUGCCCGGGGACUUUCACACGGGUACUCCAUGCAGCUCCCGCGGCCCCAGCAGCACGUGGUUCUCUGAUACCCACAGCUCCGCCAUGGGCCUACACCCCUCUGUAUCCACAAGACACAGACCUGACAAGGCAGCCCUGUUCCAGGCCUUCUGCAGAUUGCUGGGCGCCCGCAACAGGCCCUGUAGUGAGGACACGGAGCCUUGGGUCCACGUGGAGAACUGUGUCCACGAGCCCUGUGCCGCACGGUGGUCAGGGCAGACUUGUGUGCUGUGCUGA